UAUCGAAUAUGAGAAAUAUGGCUAAUAUUAUAACAUUUAUUUAUUUCUUUUUUACUAUAAUUAAUAAAAUUUAUGGAGAAAGUUACGAAUGUCCCGUUAAUUACUGCAAGAACUACAUAGAAAAUGAUGAAUGCCCAAAAUUAGAAAAAACAGAUGAUGAUCACAAACUUGAAUUACUUUCACCAACACCAUGUAAUUGCUGUGAUUAUUAUUUAAUCAAAUUGGACGAAGGCGAACAAUGUUUGAUUGGGACACCAAGUUCUCCAAGACCAUAUAGUAUUUGUGGUGAUGGAUUAUAUUGCAAAGGAACAUUACAAGAAGGCGAAGGAAAAUGUGCCAAAAUUGUAACAGAAUGUACAGAGAAACAAGCCGAAUGGGAUAAAAAACGUUUAGAUGGUACAUUGGGAAUAAUGGAAGCUCGUCCUAAAUGUGAUCGAAAUGGUGAUUUUGAACCAGUAUGGUGUAUUCCAGAACAAACAUGUUACUGUCAAAAUAAAAAAGGAGACCGUAUAUUUGGUACUAUGGAAUUCAAGUCCAGUGUGGAAAGGGAUACAUAUUGUGAUUGUUCGCGAAAAGUUGAUAUUGCCAAUAACUUAAUACCAAAUUCAUUAAAAUUUGAAAAUCCUACUAUACGUUGUCUUCCAAAUGGUAAUUAUGAUCCGUUACAAUGUAUCAACAAUGAAGGAUGUCUUUGUACGGAUGAAAAAACAGGGAUUCCAUCGGAUGACGAUUGGUUUAAGAAACUUGUAAAUGUUUCAAAUAUUAAUAAUGAGACUUUGUGGUGUUUUAAUGAAGAAAUUCAUACAGAAAGUCAAUUUUUAAAACCAUGUCAAAUUGAAUAUGAACAAAUUCGUAAUGAAACAUUAACGUUAAAAGAAAAUGAUAUAAUUCGUUUACAAGAAAAUUUACCAAAAUGUCAUCCAGACGGUUCUUAUCAUCAAGUACAAGAAAAUUCGACUAUAAAAUAUUGUGCAGAUCCACUUGGUGUUCAACUCAAAGAAUAUGCUGUUGAUGUUUCGUCAGAAUUAGCCAAGACCAUGGAUUGUAAUUGUGCUCGAUCUGAAUAUAUUUUGGAACACCAGAACAAAGGAUCACAUCGUCAACCACAAUGCUGUGAAAAUGGAAAUUAUUAUCAAAUACAAUGUCGUUUGGACCAGUGUUAUUGUGUGGAUGGAAAUGGUAAUCAAAUAGAAAAAGAAGUCGUUCAAUCGAAUAUUAACAAAUUAUCGUGUUACAGUAAGACUACAAAAAAAUGUACAGAAUAA